GAAGAAGUUGCAGAAGAUGUUUGGGACACUUCUUGCCAAAUGUUGCAAUGCAUAUUGCAUUCAAUCGUUUCUUGAGAAUCGCUCAGUCUGUGUUAAAAAAUAACCAAAACUAUGACGGACAGCGACUCUGGAAUGCUCUCGCAAGAGGAGAUUGCUCAGCAAUUCCUGUUGCCAGAGCGCCAGGCAAAGGUGAACCAGCUUUUGCGUGCAAUGGUUCAUGUGGACAAUGCCCCACCCUCCUCUUCUGUUACCUCAACAACAACAGAUGAGGAAGAGACCAGAUACUGCAUCUGCCGAUCCACGGACUGCUCACGAUUCAUGAUUGGCUGUGAUCACUGUGAGGAGUGGUACCAUGGAGACUGUAUUGGUGUCACCCAGCAAGAUGCAAAAUACAUAAAGCAAUUUUUUUGUCAUUCAUGCAGAGAGAAUGACCCAUCAUUACAAAUCCAGUACAAAGUGAAGAAAUUAAAAGAUAAAAGUCACAAGAUAUCUCGCUCAAGUGUGAGUGAUGGCAGUGAUUCAGAGCGUCAUGAAAAACCUUGCAAACCUUUCAAGCACAAACAUCGAGACAAACAUGACAAAGAAGAUAAGGAGACUGCUAGAAAAAAGUCUUCACGACGUUGUGGUGAGUGUACAGCAUGUCACAGGACAGAAGAUUGUGCCAGGUGUGAUUUUUGUAAGGACAUGAAAAAAUUUGGUGGGCCAAAUAGAAUCCGUCAGAAGUGCAGAUUACGUCAGUGUCUAAAUUUUGGACUUGUGGUCACCGGUCAGAAAUGGAAACACAAACCGUCAGAAAAAGAAGGCAGUUGCACCGUAACAUCUGUGACAGAGUCAGAACAUACAGAAUUUGCUGGGAAUCUGUCAAUGGAUGAAGACACAAUGGAUGAGUCUGAAAAUACUUGCAUUUCUUCUGCUUCCCCAAGACCAGCCAAGAGGGAGAGACGAACAAGCAGCUCUGAUAGUUCUCCUAAGAAAAAAACCAAACGGGGCAAAAAAGAAAAGACCAAACAUAAACACUCCACAACCAAACAAAAACAGAAAUUAAAAACAAAAGGUGGAUCGACAGGACGGAGACGCCACUCUGAUGUGGAAGACUUUCCUCUGCAUGAAACAGAGGAAGAAGAGAUUCAUCAGUGCCAUGGUCCAGGGUGUGUGAAUUCGGCCAAUCUUGGCUCACGAUAUUGCUCAGAUGACUGCGGCAUGAAACUUGCCAAAAACCGAUUGUAUGAACUGUUACCUCCAAAAAUCCAGCAGUGGCAGAGCAGCCCAUGCGUUGCAGAAGAGAAUAACAAGAAGGCAUUAGAGAGGGUUCGUGGACAGCAGUUACAAGCUCGCCAACGGCUAGGGGAACUGGAUCUGAAACACCAAGAACUAGAUGCUUUAAUAGAGAGAGCCAAGCAUGCAAGCAUAUCACAAGAACAAGAAGGUACAGAUGCGGAAGAGGAUCUUGAACUCAGUAUUUAUUGUGUCACAUGUGGUGCAGAGAUCAAUCAAAGGGGAGCCCUUAAACACAUGGAAAAGUGUUUUGCCAAGUAUGAGGCACAGACAUCAUUUGGGUCCAUUUACAAAACAAGGAUAGAGGGUACCUCAAUGUUUUGUGACUAUUACAAUGCUCAACAGAAGACAUACUGCAAAAGACUCAAAGUACUUUGCCCAGAACAUUCAAAGGAGCCAAAGGUGGGCCAAGAUGAAGUUUGUGGCUGUCCACUCACAUCAAAUGUAUUUGAAGAGACUGGUGAAUUGUGUCGAACUGCAAAGAGGAAGUGCAACAAGCACUACUGUUGGGAGAAGUUACGCCGUGCAGAGAUAGAUAUGGAGCGAGUACGCCAGUGGCUGAAGUUAGACGAGUUGUUUGAACAGGAGAGAAACAUUCGACUUGCCAUGUCCAAUCGAAUGGGAGUGCUAGGGUUAAUGCUACACCAGUCAGUGGACCAUGACCCAUUAAAUCCAAUAAAACCGCCCAAUAACUAACUGGAAGAUCGAUAGAAAAUAUGUGUACUAAAGUCACCUGGCCAUCACAAUUCUACAUGAACAUGUUUACCCAUCACCUUAUAUGUUGCUUUAUGAUACACCAUGGUACAUGUAUAUGUAUGGAGUUUUUAAAGUGCUUUAAAGUGAAGAAUACCUCCAAAAAAUAACUAAGCAUCAGUGGAAAGACAGUGCAAAACUAUAUUCUACAUUACCUUUAUUUUGAUUAUUUUAUUUAUUUAUUUUUUGGUAGACUUUUAUGAUUGAAUUGACCUCUUUAUACUGAUACUGAAAUUUUGUAACUCUGUUUUCACAUUUGGAUGAAAUACUUGAAUUUACUUAGGACAUGAUGAAGCAAGUUCAAAGAGAGAUUAUUCCAGCAUUAAAUGUAGAUUCUGUAUUUUCUGUCAUUGGCAAAUUAUUUAGUGUAAAUCCAGAAUUUAAACAUUAAAUUUCAUGUUAUUUACUCAGGAGGAGCUAGUGUCAGAUAUGGCUUUAAUGGUCGUUCCACUGACACUUACUUAUUUUUGGGCAGGGUUAUUUCCCUUUAAUGUUAAUGUUAAGAAACAUGGAUGAUCACGAACUCGAUGUUAAUUGUUGAAGUGUUUGGGGCAAUAGAUGUUCUAGUAGUGUCAAGUCUGUCAGUAGCACUCAAUACAAUACAGUUUAAAAAUCUAGUAAUACGUACUCUAUGUUUUUUUUCAAACUUUAUUUUGCAGCUAUUUUUUAUAGUGUUCUAUUUUCUGAGAAGUCAGUUGAUACAUGCAUUGCUCUCUGACGUAUAGACACUUUAUAGAAGCAUGAAAGUAAUAAACUUCCAGUUAUGUAUUAGUCUUCUUGGCUAUUAGAAUAAUAAUUCUUCUCUUUCUUAAAUGAAAUAAAAUGCGUCAUCGACCCUGUUCAUUUCCAAGCUGUAGUAGGCAAUACACUAUCUUAAAACAUCGCACCUGAGCUGCUUUUUGAUAUGAAAAUGCAACUUUCACAGAGCAAUUAACUGUGUACUUGUUACACUGACAACACGUCUUGAAAUGUGCUACUUAAGCAGGAAAAAUGAACCAUGGAAUACGAUUAUCAUGGUCAGAGAGAAAUGUUGUACAUAUGCCUUAUUUCCUUGAUAUCUCCCUUGAUUACAAAGGGAAUCUCUCUAUAAAGGAGUGGGUAAUAAACCUGAUGAGAUAUGGUGUCCAAUUGUGAUGCUGUUGUUAUGUGAUCAGGGACACAUUGCGCAUUAAUAUUAUCUUGGAUUACCUGCAUAUAAUAUUUUUUUUUUUUCUCAUUUCAAAAAAAUGGUGAAUCCAUAUCCAGUGUCAGAAGGUAUGGAAAACAUUGCUGUCUUUUGUUUUCCAAAGAAAAGUCCCACUAAUCCAAGUUCUUCCAGUAAACAUAUUUCUCAUACAUCUGCAUGUAAUAGCAGUUAUCCAGAAAUUAAAAAGGUGGGCUUCAGUUCUUUCAGCAGAGGAUAGCCUCUUUAGCCCAUUGAUUGUAUACAAUGUAUAUACAGAGAGAUA